UCCGGGUGCCCUAUGGCCUCGAAGCUUCAAGACCUUUGGGCGGGAGGCGAGAGAGGGAGCUGCGGACAGCCCUCCUCGAGGCUCCGGCUCCAUGUAGGAUCCUAUUCUGUGGCUUCCUCCGCUUGUACCAGAACGCCCCUCCCGGGAAGGAUGUGGGAGGAGGGAAAGGUCGAGCUGGGUCAGAGGCAGCGCGUGUCUGGUUGAGGGGCAGGGGUCUGGGAAGCUGAGCUCCACCCUUUGGAUGCCCAGAAAGUGCCUGUUCCUGCUGCGAUCUGCAUUCAGGCUUCCUGGUCUCUCUCAACUCCGUGACCCAGCAAGCACCAAGCACAGCAGGCCUGGGACCAUGGCCGUCUCCUCUUCUUCUCGAGGUUUGCCUCUGGUAGCAGUGUGCCAGGUGACAUCAACACCAGAUAAGGAACAGACCUUUGCAGCCUGUUCAGGAUUAGUUCAGGAGGCUGCCAAGUUGGGUGCCUGCCUGGCCUUCUUGCCUGAGGCCUUUGACUUCAUUGCGCGUGACCCAGCAGAGACACUUCAGCUGUCUGAGCCACUGGAUGGGGAUCUUGUGAAUCGGUAUGCCCGACUUGCCAGGGAAUGUGGACUCUGGAUAUCUCUCGGUGGUUUCCAUGAACGUGGCCAAGACUGGGAGCAAACUCAGCGUAUCUAUAAUUGUCAUGUGCUUCUAGACAGUAAGGGCUCUAUUGUGGCCACAUAUAGGAAGACACACCUCUGUGAUGUGGAGCUUCCAGGACAGGGAUCCAUGUGUGAGAGCACCUCUACUGUACCUGGGCCCACUCGUGGGUCACCUGUCAGUACACCAGCUGGCAAGAUAGGCCUGGCCAUCUGCUAUGACCUGCGUUUUCCAGAGCUUUCCCUUGCACUGGCCCAGGAUGGUGCUGAAAUUCUCACCUACCCUUCAGCCUUUGGCUUAGUCACAGGACCAGCCCACUGGGAGGUGCUGCUCCGGGCUCGGGCCAUCGAGACACAGUGCUAUGUAGUUGCAGCAGCACAGUGGGGACAGCACCAUGAAAAAAGAGGGAGUUAUGGACACAGUAUGGUAGUGGACCCCUGGGGAGUUGUGGUAGCACGCUGUUCUGAGGGGCCAGGCCUCUGCCUUGCCCACAUUGACCUGGCCUAUUUGCGCCAAGUACGCCAGCAUAUGCCUGUGGCCCAACACCGAAGGCCUGACCUGUAUGGCAAUUUGGGUCGCCCAAAUCCUUGCCUUCACACCUGCUGACUGAACUGGGGUCCUAUUCUGGGCCGAGGAGGAUCUGUGGCUUGGAGGCAGGACCCCAGGCCACUGAAGAACCUCUACUCCCUUUCCUUUGUGGCAUACAG